CCCCCCCCCAUCUGAGAUCUCUCGGUCUCCUCCCCUCAGAUCUCAGAUCUCUCCGACCCCUCCCCCCGGGCUGAGAUCUCUCUGCCCCCUUCCCCUAGGUCUGAGAUCUCUCUGCCUCCUACCCCUGAGCCGAGAUCUCUCCGCCUCCUCCCAGCAAUUUGGGCACUUUAGUCUGUUGGCUAAUUGGGGGAUGCAUCGGAAUGAGGAGUGUCUUGGAAGCAGACUGACCCACCAGGAGGCUGCUGUAAGAGUCCAAGGGUAGGCCAGUGUCCACCCUAGGAGGAAAACACAAAGACAAUGUCUCUCCCAUUCUGAGACCCUUCUCCCUCCCCAGGCCAGUUUGCAGACAAUCAAAGUGUCUUCCAAGGAGAGAGCCUGGAACCAGAGAGGAUGACCCCAGGGACCCAGAGACCCUCAUCCCAGGCUCUGAUACUUCACUCCCAGAACCCAUAACUUCUCCCUGAGCCUAUGGGGAGAAACAUUCCAUAGAGUUGGUGACAUUCAAGGAUGUGGCUGUGGAUUUCACCCAGGAGGAGUGGCGCCUCUUGGACCAUUCUCAGAGAGAGCUGUACAAGGAGGUCAUGCUGGAGAAUGUCCAGACCCUGCUCUCUGUGGGACUUCCAGUUUCUAGAGAAGAUUUGAGCUCUCCUUUCCAGGGAGGGGAAUCACCAGGGAUGGUAGAGCACAAAGGUCCGAGGAACUCCUGUCCAGGUGGAGAGACCAGGUUGGAAGUGAAGAAGAUGGCUACAAAGGUGAACAUUUCUAUGGAAGAAUUUGGCCAGCAUGGAUUUGAGAGUGAUGGUGCCUGUAACUUCAAUUUGAAAGAAAUCUGUGAUUCUGAAACCAAGCUGGGUAAGAGUAUCUGUGAGUUUGGUGAAAUCGAAAAGGUAUUCACACAUUCUUCAGUCUUAAAUAACAGGAAGAGAAGGGCUUCAUGGAAUGAAUAUUUUCAGGAGAGUGAAGAUAAUAAAUGGUUUCCUCAACAACUAGAGCCUUUUAAGGCCGAGGAGAAGUCUCAUCAAAUGCUAAAGUACAAAGGUAAUCAUCUGGAAAUGGCCUUGAAUUUGAAUUCUGCUCUCAUUGGACAUCAGAAAAGUGACAGAAGUGGGAAGGCCUUCAGUCAGAGCUCUAAGUUCAUUACUCUGCAGACAAUUCACAUUAGAAGGGAGCCUAUUGAAUACAAUGAAUGUAAAGCAACCUCAUCGGAUCAAUCGUAUCUUCCUUGCCAUGCUAAGUUUUAUGAUGGAAGGAGAAGAUAUGCAGUUGAUUGUUGUGGAUUGGUCUUUGGUUUGAACUCAGAUCUUAUUAGGCAUCACAACAUUCACACUGGGAAAAAGUUUUAUAAAUGUAAUCCGUGUGGAAAGACUUUCACAAAGAGCUCCCAUCUUGUUGUCCAUCAGAGAAUUCAUACUGGAGAGAAACCUUAUGAAUGUAAUCAGUGUGGGAAGGCUUUUACACAGAGCUCCAGUCUUGCUGCACAUCAGAGAAUCCACACUGGAGAGAAACUUUAUGAAUGUUAUCAGUGUGGAAAGGCUUUCACAAUAACCUCCCAUCUUGCAGCACAUCAGAGAAUCCACACUGGAGAGAAACCUUUUGAAUGUAAUCAGUGUGGAAAGGCUUUCACAAAGCACUCCCAACUUGCUUCACAUCAGAGAAAUCACACUGGAGAGAAACCUUAUGAAUGUAAUCAGUGUGGAAAGGCUUUCUCACAGAGAUGCCUUCUUGCUAAGCAUCAGAGAAUCCACACUGGAGAGAAACCUUAUGAAUGUAAUCAGUGUGGAAAGGCUUUCAAACAGAGCUCCCAUCUUGCAGCACAUCAGAGAAUCCACACUGGAGAGAAACCUUAUGAAUGUAAUCAGUGUGGAAAGGCUUUCAUAGAGAGGUUCAGUCUUGCUGUACAUCAGAGAAUCCACACUGGAGAGAAACCUUUUGAAUGUAAUCAGUGUGGAAAGGCUUUCACAGCAAGGUCCAGGCUUGCUGCCCAUCAGAGAAUCCACACUGGAGAGAAACCUUUUGAAUGUAAUCAGUGUGGAAAGGCUUUCAUAGAGAGGUUCAGUCUUGCUGUACAUCAGAGAAUCCACACCGGAGAGAAACCUUUUGAAUGUAAUCAGUGUGGAAAGGCUUUCACAGCAAAGUCCAGGCUUGCUUCCCAUCAGAGAAUCCACACUGGAGAGAAACCUUUUGAAUGUAGUCAGUGUGGAAAGGCUUUCAUAAGGAGCUCCGAACUUGCUUCACAUCAGAGAAUCCACAGUGGAGAGAAACCUUAUGAAUGUAAACAGUGUGGAAAGGCUUUCAAACAGAACUCCCAUCUUGCAUCACAUCAGAGAAUCCACACUGGAGAGAAACCUUUUGAAUGUAAUCAGUGUGGAAAGACUUUCAGAAAGAGGUUCAGUUUUACUCAGCAUCAGAGAAUCCACACUGGAGAGAAACCUUAUGAAUGUAAUCAGUGUGGAAAGGCUUUCAUAGAGAGGUUCAGUCUUGUUGUACAUCAGAGAAUCCACACUGGAGAGAAACCUUUUGAAUGUAAUCAGUGUGGAAAGGCUUUCACAGCGAGGUCCAGGCUUGCUGCCCAUCAGAGAAUCCACAGUGGAGAGAAACCUUUUGAAUGUAAUCAGUGUGGAAAGGCUUUCACAAAGCACUCCCAACUUGCUUCGCAUCAGAGAAACCACACUGGAGAGAAACCUUAUGAAUGUAAUCAGUGUGGAAAAACUUUCACAAUAAGCUCCAGUCUUGUUUGCCAUCAGAGAAUCCACACUGGAGAGAAACCUUAUGAAUGUAAUCAGUGUGGAAAGGCUUUCAAACAGAGCUCCCAUCUUGCAGCACAUCAGAGAAUCCACACUGGAGAGAAACCUUAUGAAUGUAAUCAUUGUGGAAAGGCUUUCACAGCGAGGUCCAGGCUUGCUGCCCAUCAGAGAAUCCACACUGGAGAGAAACCUUUUGAAUGUAAUCAGUGUGGAAAGACAUUCACAAAGAGGUUCAGUCUUACUCAGCAUCAGAGAAUCCACACUGGAGAGAAACCUUUUGAAUGUAGUCAGUGUGGAAAGGCUUUCAUAAAGAGCUCCCAACUUGCUUCACAUCAGAGAAUCCACAGUGGAGAGAAACCUUAUGAAUGUAAUCAGUGUGGAAAGGCUUUCACAGCGAGGUCCAGGCUUACUGCCCAUCAGAGAAUCCACACUGGAGAGAAACCUUUUGAAUGUAAUCAGUGUGGAAAGGCUUUCAUAGAGAGGUUCAGUCUUGCUGUACAUCAGAGAAUCCACACUGGAGAGAAACCUUUUGAAUGUAAUCAGUGUGGAAAGGCUUUCACAAAGAGGUUCAGUCUUACUCAGCAUCAGAGAACCCACAGUGGAGAGAAACCUUAUGAAUGUAGUCAGUGUGGAAAGGCUUUCAUAAAGAGCUCCCAACUUGCUUCACAUCAGAGAAUCCACAGUGGAGAGAAACCUUAUGAAUGUGAUCUGUGAGAAAAGGCUUUCACACUGAGAUCCAGUUUUUCUCAGCAUCAGAGAAUCCACAGUAGAGAGAAACCUUGUGGCUGUUAUCAGUGUAGAAGGACUUUCACAGUGAACUCCAGUCUUGUUGCACAUCAGGGAAUCCAUACUGGAGAAAUCUUAGGAAUAUAAUCAAUGUGGUAAAACCCUCAUGCAAUAUUCACAUUGUAUAGAAAUCUUAUCACUGUUAUGAAUUAGAAAAUGCAUUCAGUUGUCAUUCAGAGCUUGCUCAAAAUUAGGGAAUUCAUUUUUAUGUUUUUGUCAUUUAUUUAGAAUUUUACUUUCCCCCCAAUUACAUGUAAAACCUAUUUUAAAGUCCAUUUAAAAACUUUGUGUUUCAUAUACUCAAAUUCUAUGGGACUGUGAAUACCCUUCGACCCAGUAAUACCACUACUAGGUCUGUAUCACAAAGAGGUCAUAGAAAAUGGAUGUAAGGGGUAAAAGUAAAUGUGUGUGGUCACCUGUCCCCUGUGUGGGGAAAGCUAACUAGGACAGCAGUUUAAUAGUUUAGGUAUUAAACAUUUAUUAAAAUA